UGUUUAGAUUUUUGUUUCUCUCAAGAAAUGAAUGUUAAUCAAUUCUUAAUUGUUUCGUAUUUAAUUAAUUCCAAAUGAUAAACCUAUGAAAUUGUGCUCAAAGUGUUAAUUAAAAGGUGACUUUAAUUGGUCAGUUAGAGGUUUAAUCAUGUCAAUUGAAGAUUCAGAGGAGAAGCAAAAAAUUGUUGCUUCUUUGUGUGAAAAGUAUUUACAAAAACUGGUUAAUAACUAUAAGCAACAUGGUGAUAUGAAUGGAACCUCUGAUUCAAAUGAUUCUUCAAUCUAUUCAGCUGAGAUUCAUUUGUGGAAUCAAUUGAAAAAAUAUAUCGACACCCAUGAGAAUAAUUUAGUUAAUUGUAUCCAUGGAUUUUAUGUCUAUAUCUUACAAGCUUUAUAUUCCUUGACCAAGGGACCAGCAAUGGAUUUAUAUUUUGUCCGAUGCCGAACCAAUAUUAGUGUUGACCUGAAAGAGGUCGACAAGUUGCUCCUUUACAAUAUCUACAUGAGACUUGGUGAUCUUAAUCGGAGCUUGAAAAACCUCAAGGUUUCCAAAUAUUAUUAUUUACAAGCCUGUGAGAUUGACCCUUGUCGGGGUCACGCUUACAAUCAGUUAUCUCUGGUCACUACUGCCCAAGUGUUCAAUAGUUUAUAUUAUUCAGUGAGAGCUUUAAUGGCCACCGAAGAUGCGAUAAGUUCAGCCAAGAAUAACAUGGAUUCUUUGGUUAAUCGGUGUUCCCUCAUGAAUCCCAACAUUGAACCUUUGUUCAUUAAUGAGGAAUCUAAAAUUGAUUCCGAUCGAGUUGAUAAUUGGCUUCAUUUUAUCGUUGUGACAAUUUACUGUGAUAAGGUGAAAAUUGUUCUCACCCAUGUGAUUAAAGAAGUUGAUAAACACUUGAUUGUUGACUCACAGAAACCUAUUGAAACAAUCACAAUGCCUAAAUCUGAUCAUAAAUGGAUUUUUUCCGCUUUCGAUGUUACUAUUGACAUAUUAACAUCUCAAGUUUCCGAUGAUAAAUUAAAUUCAUUUGAAUUUGAGAAAGAAAUGAUUGAAAUCAAAGGGAAACUAUUAACUUUGAUACGAGAUAAAAAUCUAACAAUCAACAGUAGUAAAAAGGGAUUAGCUUUGAAACAUGAUUAUCUUUUAUGUGGAUUUGCUCCCUUAAAGGAUAAUCAUAAGCAAUUGGAUUUUAAUGUUGACCCACCAAGAGAUCAGGAGAAUGUGCAACAAUUAAUUUUAAGAAUUUCGGGAAAAUUAGACAAACUAAUUAGCCUGAUGGCGGAGAAAAAUGCCAAAAACCGAGCCAAAAAAUCAAGAAAUAUCGCUUUACAAAGUAUCCUUGGUUCCAAGGGAUCAUCUUGAUGUUUGGACCCAAAGGAUUAAUCAAUUUAAUCCAUUCGAUUCAUUUCAACAAUCGAGUGUCUAUUUACAGGAGAGACAAAAAAAAUAUGUAUCAAUAUUUUAUGAUGAUUGAUUUUCAUAUCAACUUUUUUUCCAUUAACAAUGAUUUCUCAUUCGAA